CACAUUUUCAUAGCACUUAUACCGAUUACAUCAUAGGGCAACGCUUGGCAAGACCCGCAAGCUCUUCGACGGGCAACUGAAACUUCUUUCUAUUAUAUUUGGCUAUCAAGUGAAUGUAUUCUAUAAUAUAAUCUGACAGCGAAACACACGCAGUUGUCCGGUUAAAGGCUCAAGGACCAGCUUUGAGCAAAGCAUCCGGCGAGCUUUGGGCGAUUGGUAUUAGUUCUUUCUUCUGCUAGCGCCGUUGUGACGGUACAGCGACUGCAUCAGGCCGAACGGCUAUCAGCAAAAUGACGCGGGGCUUGGACUAUUACGAGGUCAUGGGCCUUACAAGGAGUGCCAAUGACAUUGAUAUUCGCCGAGCCUACCGCCGGCUGGCGCUUAAGUAUCACCCAGAUAUCAACAAGGAUGGGGCGGCUGGCGAUGAGUUCCUCCGCAUUUGCGAGGCGUACGAGGUGCUCUGCGAUCCCAAGACGAAGGGGUUUUAUGACCUAUACGGAGAGGACGCACUAAAGGACGGGAUAUCCGACGGCAACGGAGGUCUGAAGGGCCCCAUGUAUCGGUUCAACCCAGAGGAGAGCCCCAAGGCUGUGUUUGAGCGCUUCUUCGGCACCGCCAACCCCUACGAGGCACUGGAGGCGCUGUCCAACCAGUUCGAGUCCAUGACCUCGGAGGAGGCGCCCGCGCGCGGCAAGAACAAAGUGUACCCACUGGAGCUUACGCUGGAGGAGAUCUUCCACGGCUGCCUGAAGAAGGUGGCGCACAAACGCAAGGUGCUUCUGUUCAGCGGCGAGUACGUGGAGGAGGAGCGCCAGCUCACCGUGGACGUCAAGCCGGGCCUGCCUACUGGCACGCGCUUCGUGUUCGAGGGGGAAGGGAACAAGACGCCCAAGAAGGAGCCCGGGCCGGUUGUGUUCGUGCUCAAGCCUAAGCCGCACCCGCGCUUCGUGCGCCGCGGCUCCGACCUGGUGCACAAGGUGACGCUGCCGCUGCACCACGCGCUCAUCGGCACCACGCUUGAUAUCCGCACCCUGGAUGACCGCGACCUCAAGGUGCCCAUCUCCGACAUCAUGCGGCCCGGCUCCUCGCUCACGGUGCCCGGCGAGGGCAUGCCACUGCCCGCCACGCCCUCGGCGCGCGGUAACUUGGUCAUUGAGAUCGACCUGCUGUUCCCGACGCACCUGACGGAGACGCAAAAGAUGCUGCUACGCAGCGCGUUCUUCCUUCCGCCGCCCACGGAACAGAACGAGGAGACCAAGAAGGCGCUGCGGGACUACGAGGCGGCGUUCAAGCACGAUCUCAAGGGCUGGGCCACCGUGUUCAAGCGGUAGAGAGAGGGGCAGGGUUUGGUACUGCGGUGGCUGGAUACCCGUGUGGGCCAUGUGCUUCUUGGGGAUUGGAGCGUUUACAUGAGGACAGGCUUGCACCUCUGAGCGAGGUGCAAGAAGAGGCUGUCAAAGCGGGGAGGUUGGAGUGCCCUGGGUGACUGAAGCUUCGGCUGACUAGAUGCAGAGGCGCUGGAUAAGGACAUGUGUACGUUAUUGUAUACCAGGGCUGGCAUCUCGUCUGCGGCUGCGAGUUUUAGCAAUGGUAGCAUGCGAUUGCCGAGCAAUGAAAGUACGGUAGCCGCUGCUAUGUGAUGCUGGUGCGGACAGUGGUUGGCUGGACAGAGGUCCGCUGGGCGCUGGCAAGAGGGUGGAGUACAACCGCUAUUGUUACCUUGAGC